UUCAGGUCACCAAUGGGAGGUGGCUACGCUGCCUGAGGAGUCUUGGGUUAGGUUAUAUACUCCACGUCUCACCGAGAAGGUACAUUUAAAACCCAGUCCUGUAGCGGAGACCAGAGUGCAGGAAAAGAGACACGCACUUUGGGCACAACGAAACAACAGCAGCCGACACGACGGGGAUCGAUCAGCCAAACAAGGGAGCAUCGUAAUCCGUGUAUUUUUUUUUUUUGGCUUCGGUUUGGUAAGAUCUUGGAGAUGUCCAACGUCCAGUUGUCGGGCAGCGUGCAGGAGAGGCUGGUGGCCCGCAGGACCUUCCCUCUCCACAGGCGCACGACCGUCUGCCGCAACCUCUUCGGGCCGGUGGACCACGAAGAACUGAGCCGGGAGAUGAAAGACAAAAUGCGGGAGAUUUCCGAACGGGACCAGCAGAGAUGGAACUUUAAUUUCGAGGCCAACACCCCGCUGGUGGGGGAUUACGAGUGGGAAGAGGUGCCCGUGGAUACGACCCCGGUCUUUUAUCAGGACUCUGUACAGAACGGAAGGAGCAGGGUAGCCGAGACACCCGUUACGCGGAGGCCCUCCGCGGACUCGGCUCUCCCGGAGGCCCCUGACAUGGAUGUACUGGAGCGCUUGGCCGUGCCCGAGAGCAGCGGCGCUCCGUGCCCGGGGGAGGUUAACCAGGAGAACCGCGCGGACAAGCUCAACUCGGGGAGGCCAGCGCACAGACAAGCCCCGUGCGUGAGACGCAAGCGAACGGCCGCCACUGACAACAACAACACGCACAUCACAGACUUCUUCGUCAAACGAAAGAGGGCUGCCGAUAAAAAAUCGAAUGAUACAAGCGCGUGCCACCAGUCUCCGAUCCCAGUGGAACAGACCCCACGAAAGAGGAUCCGUUGAAGGUGCUUUUAUUUUUAUUUUUUUUAUUUUAUUUUUUUGCACUAUAUGCCAUUUUUUCCACGAGGAUCAAGACGAGGAUGUUUCUCCCUGCUUCUUCCGCGCCGGAGGAGGAGGAGGAGGAGAAGGAGGAAGAGGAGGCGCUGCGGGAGAAAUAAGCCCGAGCGGCCGGUGUCUCCGGCUCGGUGCCCGCAGCCCGGAGCACUCGGACCGGACUCUCAGGACUGAAACGGUUUGGGGGAGGGAGGGGAGAGGAAAGAGGGGACAUUUUUGAUCGAAUGACUUCUAUCCAGUACAAAUGUAGCAUCCAUUGUUGCUUUUGCAUACAGCCACUCGACAGUGUUAAAUGUUUUAACAUCUGUGCAAUCCUAAAUUACUUUAAAAAUAAUUGUCUACACUGGCCAAAAGUGUAAAGCUUUAUAGAGACAAUAGCCUAUAAUUGUUUAUUUCUAUUCUGUUUUUCUAUGUAUAUUUUAUGUCUAUUCUAACUUAUAUUUUAUUUAUGUUUCUUUACAUUUGCUAAAAAUGCCUUGUUGAUUUAGCCAAAGGGCAGGUUUUUUAUUUUAUUAUUUCCAUUUCGUGUUGUUGUGAUGUUUUGCAAUCAUGUAGCUUAGUAGUCAACACUUGAAACAAAAACGUAGCUUUCUUUGUGUUUCUGAGCCGUUUUUUUUGUGUUUGCAUCCAAGUGCCCUAAUUGUGUCUUGUGUAAAAGAGGAGAAUAAAAUAUCGUUCCCUUCAACUUUAAA